AUGUCUGAUUCCGAAGAAGAACAAGUGAAACAAGCACCAAUAAUAAAGCCUCAUUAAAAAUAACAAAAGGACUUUUAUGCUGAAUAAUUAUAAGCAAAUGAAGAAGCAGAUUCAUAAGCUCCUUUGUUGGUGGUUGUAUAAGGACCAAAAGGGAGUGGAAAAACAACAUUAAUAAAAUCUCUAGUGAAACACUAUACAGGAUAGAAAAUAAAGAAAUUAGUGGGUCCAGUGACAGUUCGUUCUAAUAAAUAACAUCGUGUGACAUUUAUUGAAUGUCCAAGUGAUAUCAAUGCAAUGAGUGAUUUAAGUAAAGUGGCUGAUUUAGCAUUAAUAAUGAUUGAUGCUAGUAUAGGAUUUGAAAUGGAAACAUUUGAAUAUUUAAGUUUGCUGAACAAUCAUGGUUUUCCUAAUGUAAUGGGUGUAUUGACACAUAUCGAUUUCUUUAAAGAUAAUAAACAAUUGAGAAAGACCAGAAAGAAGUAUAAGAAGAGAUUUGAAUAUGAAACAGGUGGAAAUUAUAAAUUGUUCUAUUUGUAAGCAUUAAAAAAUGAAUACUAUUUGAAAUAGGAUAUACAUAAUUUAGCAAGGUUUAUUUCAAUAAUAAAGAUUGCACCAGUGAGAUGGAAAACAGAACAUCCAUUUGUAUUAGCAGAUCGUUAUGAAUAGGGUAAGGAUAAUACUACAACAUUUUAUGGAUAUGUAAGAGGAUGUACAUAUAGAUUAAAUGAUAGAAUUCAUUUCGUAGGUUAAGGAGAUUACUAUAUAGAAAGUUUUAAAGAAGUUUUAGAUCCUGUUGAAAUUAUUACUACAUAAAAAAAACAUAGAUCAUUGAAGGAUACUGAAAAGCUAGUUUAUGCUCCUAUGUCAAGUAUUGGUGCUUUAACUAUUGAUGCUACAGCAGGAUAUAUUACAAUUCCAUAACCAAUUUUCACAGAAAAGAAUAAAUUUGUUAAUCAGGAAGAUGAGGAUGAUGAAUAAGUUGAAGAAGAAGAAGAAGAAUAAGAAUUACCAGAAGGAGUUAGAAUGGUUAGAGAAUUAUAAUAAAUGACUGAAGGAAUUGAUAAAUAAUUAGAAGAAGAAGAAGAUGUUUAAUUAUUAGAAGGUUUUGAAUUAGAAUAAGAAUAACCAACCAAAAACAAAAAUAAUUAAUAAUAGAUUUAAUAAUAAAGAGAAUUAGUUAGAUUAAAGAAUAGAGUUAAUAUUAAAAUUGAAAAUGGAACUGUUUUACCUAUUUCAGAUACAUUGUUAGCUACUGAUUUACAUGAAUUAAUUUAUUUGAAUAAGAAUGGUAUUAAUGAAUUUGAUAGUGUAAGAUACAUUCCAAAAGUUUAAGAGAGAGAUUCAUAUAAAGAAAUUAAAGAAUUAUUUGUAACAGGGUUUUAUGGAUAAACUGAUGUUGUUGAUUUAGAAAAUUUAGAAAAAUAAAUUGAGGAAGAAGAAUAAGAAUAAGAAUAAAAAGAGCAAUAAGAAUAAGAAAAACAAGAAUAGGAGGAUAAAUAAAAUUAGGAUUAAAAUUCAAAAGAAAAAUAAAAUAGAUAAUAACUUGUUAAUUAAUUGACAUAAUCUAAUCUUGGAUUAUAUAAAAAAGGAACCUAUGUUAAAAUUGUUAUUAAAGAUUUCUCUUAAUAAAUAAGGGAUGAUUAUCCAAUGAUACUUGCUAGAUCUGAAGUAGGAGAAGAUAAUUUAGGAUUCAUUAAAGUAAUAUUUAUAUUGAAUAAUUAGAUUCGUAUAAAAAAACAUAGAUGGCAUAGUAAUAUUUUGAAAUCAAAUGAUCCAAUCAUUAUUUCAUUAGGAUGGAGAAGAUUUUAAACGAUUCCAAUAUAUUGUGUUUAAGAUCCUAAUGAUAGAUUACGUUUCAUUAAAUAUACUCCCGAAUAUGAUUAUUGUUAUGCAAUAUUUUAUGGUAAUUUUGCACCUCAAGGAACUGGUCUCGUAUGUACUUAAUCAUUAAGUAAUAAAUUGGUAUAAUAAAUUUAUAUUAAAUUAGUCUAAAUUUAGAAUAGCUGCUACUGGGAUUGUUUUAGAAAUGAAUCAUUAAUUUGAUGUUAUGAAGAAAUUAAAAUUAGUUGGAGAACCUUUUAAAGUUAUAAAAAAUACUGCUUUUAUUAAAGGAAUGUUCAAUUCUUCACUUGAAGUAGCGAAAUUCUAAGGUGGAUUAAUUAAAACUGUAUCUGGUUUAAGAGGACAUAUAAAGAAACCAAGUAAAUUAGGUCCGGAUGGUAGUUUCAGAGCAACAUUUGAAGACAAGAUUUAAAUGAGUGAUUUAGUAUUUUGUAGAACAUGGGUUAGAAUGCAUUUAGAGAGAUUUUAUAGACUUAUCACAAGUGAUGUUAAAUUAAUGAAGACUAUGUGGGAAUUAAGAUAGGAAAGAUAAAUACCAUUAGAAUUUAAACCAGAUUCUACUUAUCAAGAUUAAGAAAGAGUUCCUGUUAAAUUUGCUCCACUUAGAAUACCUAAUAAUUUAUAAUAGAAUCUACCUUUUGAAAGCAAAGAGAAAGUAAAUAAAUUCUAAUAAAUUAUAGGUUAAAUCACUUUCAUUUAGAGAGAAGUUGAGAUAAUAGGUAGAAAAGAAUUUACCAGUUAAGAGUAAUAUGACUGAUAAGGAGAAGGAAGUUUAUUCGCUAAUAUAAAGAUUAAAUACUAUUAAAAAUGAAAAGGAAAAGAAAAGAGAUGAAAAAGAUAUAUAGAAAUAGAAGGUUAAGGAAGCAUAGUUUAAAGGAUAAAAAUAACAUUUAGAAGAAGGGAAGAGAAAAUAUAAAUAAUAAAAGUAAAAAGAAAAGUUUAUAAAAUAAGUUAAAAAAUAAUAAUAAUAGUGA